CGGGGCUGUCGCACCGAGCCGCGCCGAGCCCAGCCGGACCCGCAGCGCCGCCGCAGCCUCGCUUCCGACCCGCCAUCAGCGCGCUCCUCACCCUCGAGAAGCAGCGGCUCCUCUCCUGCCGCAGCGGGACCCAAAGAUGAAGUGGUUAUCUGUCCUGCCCCAACAGUGUCUUUUGGUGGUGACAUGUCUCCUCAUGGCCUUGGAAGCUGUACCUAUAGACAUAGAUAAGACAAAAAUCAAAGCAGAAGGCCAUGUGGAAGGAGAGAAGGUAGAAAAUCCAGAUACAGGACUUUACUAUGAUGAAUAUCUCAGGCAAGUAAUAGAUGUCUUGGAAACGGAUAAGCAUUUCAGGGAGAAACUCCAGACUGCUGACAUAGAAGAAAUAAAGAGUGGAAAGCUAAGCAGAGAGCUUGAUUUAGUAAGCCACCAUGUCAGAACACGGCUGGAUGAACUAAAAAGACAAGAGGUAGCAAGAUUAAGAAUGUUAAUUAAAGCUAAAAUGGAUUCUGUUCAAGACACUGGUAUAGAUCAUCAAGCUCUCCUUAAGCAGUUUGAGCACCUGAACCAUCAGAACCCUGACACCUUUGAGCCUAAAGACUUGGAUAUGCUGAUCAAAGCAGCUACAAGUGAUCUGGAAAACUAUGAUAAGACUCGCCAUGAGGAGUUUAAGAAAUAUGAGAUGAUGAAAGAACAUGAGAGGAGAGAAUAUUUAAAAACACUGGAUGAAGAAAAGAGGAAGAAAGAAGAAUCCAAAUUUGAGGAGAUGAAGAAAAAACAUGGAGAUCACCCUAAAGUUCACCAUCCUGGAAGCAAAGAUCAACUGAAAGAGGUGUGGGAAGAAGCAGAUGGACUAGAUCCUAAUGAAUUUGACCCCAAAACAUUUUUCAAAUUGCACGAUGUCAAUAAUGAUGGUUUCCUGGAUGAGCAAGAAUUAGAAGCUCUAUUUACUAAAGAGUUAGAAAAAGUUUAUGAUCCCAAGAAUGAAGAGGAUGACAUGGUCGAAAUGGAAGAAGAAAGGCUGAGAAUGAGAGAACAUGUAAUGAAUGAGGUUGACAUCAACAAGGACCGGCUAGUGACUUUGGAAGAGUUCCUGCGAGCUACAGAGAAAAAGGAAUUUUUGGAGCCAGAUAGCUGGGAGACACUAGAUCAACAGCAGCUCUUCACUGAGGAUGAGCUGAAGGAGUUUGAAAAUCACAUUUCCCAGCAGGAAGAUGAACUUAGAAAGAAGGCAGAAGAACUUCAGAAACAGAAGGAAGAACUACAGAGGCAGCACGAUCAGCUUCAGGCACAGAAACAGGAGCUUCAGCAGGUACAUGUUGUAAAACAGAUGGAACAGAAGAAACUACAGCAAGGAAAUGCUCCUGCAGGACCAGGUGGAGAACUGAAAAUCCAACCCCCUGGUGAGCACAAAGCUGGGGAUGCACCACAACAGCCAGCAGGAGGUGAUCAGCCUUUACCACCAGGACAUGUCCAAGAAGCAGCUGUCAGAACUGAUCAAGUUCACCCUUAACCACUUGUGCCUCAACUUUAUAGCAUCUUUAUUAUUUGGGGUGGGGAAGGGGUGG